UCAAUUCUGCAAGUGGUUCUGAUUUACUAUCGCUGUUCUCUAGCUGAUCUAAACCCGCUUUUGACGUAAAAGGGACACUUUUUGGACGCCAUGGACUUUUCUCAGUUUCCAGGCAGAAAGAACAGACAAAAUGCAGGCAGGGCGCCGGACAAAGCACUCGGGACAAAAUGUAUGUGAAAUUGGUUGAGACAGCAAUGUUUUACUAUUUUUUAAAAUUUUUAAAUUUCCCGCCGCCGGCGGCGCCCGUACGUCCCGACGUCACAGGGACAGGACACAGAAGCCGGAUGCCAGCAUCGGCCGGAGGAGAUGGCCGGGGACGCUGCAGGGGACAC